CCUUGUCCUCCUCCUUCUUCUUUCUUGAACAUGUGUCCAGCCACAAACGGCGCUCUGUCGGGCUCGUCUACCCCUCCCACUCCGUCCAACGUCUCCCCUCCAGAUCUUGACACGCCCCGGCUCCCUGCACCCCACAUUCUUGCACACCUCACCGACGCGCACUGCCAUCCAACAGACAUCUUUCACCCGGACUCUACGUACGCUGCCGUCCCGCUCGGUGGCCUCGCGGCCAUGGCGACCAACGAAGACCAGGGCGCUGUCAUGGCGCUGUCCGAGGCGCGGGGAUGGUCGACGGCGCCGGAGUCUAUAACGGGGCCGAAGGUUAUAGCUUGCUUUGGCCAUCACCCAUGGUUCGUGCACCGGUUCAGCCUCGGCCCACCUCCUUCCAAGGAAGCGCACUACCGCGCCGUCUUCUCCCCCAAGCCCUCGCAGGAGACUCCUUUCGCCAAAGUACUCCCUCAUCUCCCCGAACCCGAGGACUUCGCCCCACACCUAGCCAGAAUGCGCGAGCACCUCACCGCCGUCCGCAGAGCUGGCCGCCUCGCACUUGUAGGCGAGGUCGGCCUCGACGCCUCCUGCCGAGUGCGGGUACAACGCCCAGACAGUGAUGGCGGCACCUUCCUCUCCAUCUUCAAAACAAACAUGAGCCACCAACACGCCAUCGCACGCGCGCAGCUCGAGCUCGCCGACGAGCUCGCCCUCCCCGUCUCGUGGCACUGCGUGUCUGCGUACGGCGCGACCCUCGACUUUUUCCGUGACACCUUCCCCCACCUUCGCGUCGACAUCCACAGCUUGGGCGGCAUGGCACCCGAGUUUCUGCGCACCAUGGCGAAGUGCUGUCCGCAGGCCUACUUCUCCCCUUCACUCCUCAUAACCGCUCGGGUCGGUACUGGCGCAGCCGCCGUGCGCGCCCUGCCACGAGACAGGAUACUGGUCGAGAGCGACACGCACGACCUCACCCGUUGCGCAGAGCUCGUUUGGGGAGCUGUAUUGUGGAUAGCUGAGUGCCGCGGUUGGCGAGUGGAGGGUGACGAGGACUGGGAGAUGGCCGAGGAGGACGAGUUGUUUGAUGAGCGUGGCCGGAUGAGACAGCCACGACCAGACGAGGUGUGGACGGUGCGCACGCUCGAGCGCAACUGGGCGCGGUUCAUGGGCAUUGUUGACUACUAGAGGAGUGCAUGUGUGUGUGUAUGUGUAUGGGCAGCGUGUAGAUACUGUGAACACAGAGACUUGAAGUGAUUUGAAGUCUUGAUGGGGAGGACAGGCGCCCGGCGCGAUCUGCUGUUGCGCGGCGUGUCAAUGCGGCUGGAUAUGCGUUCUUGCCGGCAAUCACGUCUUCUCCUUGACCCCGCUCGGCAACACG